UGGUGGAGCGCGGCUGGGGCUCCCGCGUCUACCCCGGGGCGCCUGGGGCUGGUGCGCUCGGCCGGGGCGCUGCGCUGCGGACCCGCUCCCGCCCGCCAUGUGCCGACCCCACGCGCCCUGGCGCUGGGCGCUGGCGCUGCUGGCCCUGGGAGGCUCGGGGCUGUGCCACGCCGGCCCCCAGCCCGGCCGCCCCGCGCGGCCCAGCGCCAGGAACAAGAACUGGUGCGCCUUCAUCGUGCACAAGAACGUGAGCUGCUCGGUGCAGGAGGGCAGCGAGAGCUUCGUACAGGCGCAGUACAACUGUGGCUGGAGCCAGUUGCCCUGUCCGUCGGCGCUCGUGUAUCGGGUGAACUUCAGACCCAGGUAUGUCACCAGGUACAAGACAGUGACACACUUGGAAUGGAGGUGCUGCCCUGGUUUUAGAGGCACAGACUGUCAAGAGGGCCUGAAGGACCCAUCCAGGACCCUCCGCCCCACCCCUGCACGGCCUCGAAACAGUGUGAAGAAAGCCACAGAUACUGAGCCAAGUCAAGUCUCACAGCCCAAGCAGACCUUGUCACCAACUCGUGCAGCGGAACCAAGCCAAGCAGGGGAUCCAAAGCAGGGGCCCCAGGAGCUGCAGGAGAAGAAAAUUCAAGUGCUUGAGGAGAAAGUCCUCCGCCUCACCCGCAUGGUUGUGGACCUCCAGUCUUCCAUGGCUGGGGUGCAUGAGAACCUCAGACACAUCAUUCAGGAGGAUGCCAGCAAAACGCUGGCUCCGGGGCUCAGCCCCCUGCACCCCCAGCCGGCACCGGGCGGUGACACUGCUGGAGACUUGGAUAAUGUGCAGCCUCCCGGCCUCUUGGGCACCAAGGAAUCUGGUAUGAAGGACAUCAAGUCGGAACUGGCCGAAGUCAAAGAUACGCUGAAAACCAAGAGCGACAAGCUGGAAGAGCUGGAUGGGAAAGUGAAGGGUUAUGAAGGGCAGCUCAAGCAGCUGCAGGAGGCAGCCCAGGGCCCUACGGUGACCAUGACGACCAAUGAGCUCUACCAAGCCUAUGUGGACAGCAAGAUGGAGGCCCUGAGAGAGGAGCUCAUGGAAGGGAUGGACAGGAAGCUGGCUGACCUGAAGAACACGUGCGAGUACAAGCUGGUGGGCCUCCAGCAGCAGUGUGAGGACUACGGGAGCAGCUACCUGGGGGUGAUCGAGCUGAUUGGGGAGAAAGAAGCCAGCCUGAGAAAAGACAUCAGCGACCUCCGAGCCCAGCUGCAGCAUCCUUCAUCCCGGCCAGAUUGCUGUAGUGGUGGGGGUGGCGGAGUGGACAGUGAUGUUGGUCAACAGAUCAAGACAUUAGACCAGAAAAUCGAGCGAGUGGCUGAAGCCACCAGAAUGUUGAAUGGAAGACUGGACAACGAGUUUGACCGCCUGGCAGUUCCUGAAGCAGACGCGGACUUCGAUGCAAGAUGGAAUGAACUGGAUGCCAGGAUCAACGUGACAGAGAAGAAUGCGGAGGAACACUGCUUUUACAUUGAGGAGACACUUCGGGGGGCCAUCCAUGGCGAGGUGGAUGACCUGAAGCAGCUUCUGGAUCAGAAGCUCCGCUCCCUGGAAGACCGUCUGGGCAGCGUUCUCCAGCUGGCCAAUGGCUCUGAGGUGGGGGUCGCUGCCCCCGGACCAGCCCUACCCCCCCGGGGGUCUGGCACAGGCAAUGAGCAGGUCUUGAUGGAGCUAAACCACCUAAAGGUCAAAGUUCAAGUGGUUGAGGACUUUUGCCUACAGAACUCUCAAGGAGGCCAUCAUGAGACGGAGGGUACUUUACCAAAUGGAGAGGACCACGUGGGUGACAUCCUGAGCCUUUUGGCAUCCCUAAAUGCCACCAUGCAGAGAAAAUUCCAAGAAACUGAAGAGAGCAUCCAGAAGCUUCAAGAGGAUUUCAGUUUUCUCUAUUUUCAACUAAAUCACACAGAAAACGAUGUGAGUCAGCUUGAGAAUGAAAUGACCAAUGAUCAAGCAGGUGAAAAUGGCGAAUCGGGUGGGUUUUCCAAAGUGGGUGAGCCAGACAGGAUGGCGGGGACCCUCCCGUCUCCCCAGGACCCCGGGGCUCAGUGCUGUGGACAGCUGGAGGCCAGGUGGCAGCAGUGGCAAGGCCAGCUGCUGGCGGAGCUGGACACUUGCAAGGAAACCACGCACGGCGUCCAUAGGGAGGUGUCCACAGUGGAGGGCAGGGUGUCGCAAAUGGAGAAGACGUGCAGCCAACUGGACGCCAUCUCUGGAAGUCUGCAGAGGAUCAAGGAGGGCCUGAACAAACACGUCAGCAGCCUGUGGACCUGCGUCAGGCAGAUGAACGGGACACUCAGGUCCCAUUCCAGAGACAUUUCUGGCCUGAAGAACUCUGUCCAGCAGUUCUAUAGCCAUGUUUUCCAGAUUUCCACUGACCUGCAAGAUCUGGUCAAAUUCCAGCCAGCAGCAACGGAGGCGCCAUCGGAAGCUCCCCAGCCCCCGGCCGAGACAGCCCCACAGGUGCCACCGACAGGACCCUCCACUGCAGAGGCCCCCACAGAACCGCCCCAGCCCAGGCCGCCGCCCCCCAAGAAGCCUGCACUCCCCCCGCACAUAGGCCAGCAGCCUGUGCUGCCCCAGAGGCCCCUGCAGCCGCUGCCCCCUCUGGUCUGGCCCGGCUGGCCAGGGCUGCCCUUGCCUGGCUCCACGGGAGUCAUCAUGGAGACGGGAGAGGCCGGGCCUCCGGGGAGGAUGGGUGUGUCGGGCAGGGGCCUGCCCCAUGGGGUGGACGGCCAGACAGGCCAGGCUCCGAUUCCCAGUGCCGAGGGCUACGCGGGAGCACCAGGCUACCCCAAGUCGCCUCCUGUAGCGCCUCCUAUAGCACCUCCAGGGGCUCCUGCGCCUGCCCUGGUGUCUUUCUCAGCCGGACUUACCCAGAAGCCCUUCUCCAGCGAUGGGGGUAUCGUCCUCUUUAACAAGGUGCUGGUAAAUGACGGGGAUGUAUACAACCCCAACACUGGGAUCUUCACCGCUCCCUAUGAUGGGCGCUACCUGAUCACGGCCACCCUCACCCCCGAGAGAGACACCUACGUAGAAGCGGUCCUGUCAGUCUCCAACGCCAGCGUGGCUCAGCUGCACACUGCAGGCUACAGGAGGGAGUUCCUGGAGUACCACCGCCCCCCCGGGGCUGUGCACACAUGUGGGGGCCCGGGGGCAUUUCACCUCAUUGUGCACCUGAAGGCAGGUGAUGGCGUCAAUGUCGUAGUGACUGGGGGCAGGUUGGCUCACACAGACUUUGAUGAAAUGUACUCCACCUUCAGUGGGGUUUUCUUAUAUCCUUUCCUUGCCCACCUCUAGGGGGAGGGUGGGUUGUAAAAACUUCAAAUCUUUAAUAUAUUCAACCUCUGUAUGUAAACGAGCACUGGCCUAGUUUUCUGCACCCACCACCCCACCUCCCCCAGGAUGAAGGCCUCACCUCGCCGUGAGGCCACGCCCUAGCCUCACGUGGCUCACGUGGCCACUCAUAACUGGACAACUGAAAGACCGGGAAAGCCUCUUGCUGAAGCCUGUAGACCUGCUCUGCUCCUCCCUCGCAUCUCCCCAGCCUUCUGCUCUGCACGAGGUCCUGGGCUGGGCCUACUUGGUGCUACCCUCAGAGCCUCACUGCUUCACCCUAGGACUGUGCCCUGCUGCUGAUGGCGAGGAAGAGCAGGUGGAAUGCCUAUCACUCAUAGCUGGUUUUCACUGGAAAGCAACACUGUAGCCAACUGCCUCUUUACACUGCAUGCAGGAGAAAGUUUAAACACUGAAGUGCUGUUGUGGCCCAAGCCACUGCCCUGGGACUCUGAGCUUUCAGCUUGGGCCCUUCUGUGCCCAGCUCACCAUUGUUGCCUGGGACUCACCCCUGAUGUGAAGGGUGAUCCUCCAGGGACUGUCUGGACUCCUUGAAUGACAUGCGCUAUUUUAAGUGCAAAGACAGGGAGUAUCAAUAAAGAUAAACCACUUUGUUA